AUGAAGACUCCUUUGAUCUGUCUCUUUAUAUCAGCGGCAGUCGCUGCCGUACUACCAUCACUGACUGAUCUCUCUCCAGCAGCGGCUACCCUGACAGCUCACACUGUGGGCGCACCACCACUUUUCACCGGGGAGACCAUUCAACUGACCGAAGGAGUUCUGCAUAAGCUCAGAGAAGCUUCCAAAGGUGAGAGUCUCUCGAAUCAGUUCGGAUUCGGCAACGAGCAGUCCCGAACCAACAUCACCCGUCAAUGUAAGAUCCUGCCAGGUGAUCCAGCCUGGCCAUCACAGUCCACAUGGGAUCUAUUCGACCAGCUCCUCGGCGGUCGUCUGCUACGACCCUCACUGCUGGCAUCGCCGUGCUAUGCAGAAUGGCCAGAGUUUAACAAUGCAACGUGUUACAAUUUGAGCAUGAACUGGCUCAACUCGUCCCUCCACAUCGGGCAUCCAACUUCCAUCAUGAACCCUCUCUAUGCAGGGCGCAGUUGCAUGCCAUUUGGCUUCAACUAUACCAACACGUGCACUGAAGGUGGUUAUCCGGCUUACGUGGUCAACGCAUCGACUGCUGCGCAGGUUCAGCUCGCUGUCAACUUCGCGCGGAACUCGAACCUUCGCCUCGUAGUCAAGAACACUGGACAUGACUUCAACGGCAAGUCGUCCGGUAAAGGGGCAUUGUCUAUCUGGACACACUGGCUCAAGGACAAGGUAUUUUAUCCUUCGUUCGCAGCAGACGACGGGUAUGUCGGGCCCGCGAUGAAGCUUGGGUCGGGGGUUCAAGCCUUCGAGGCAUACGAAUACGCCAAACAACACAAUGUGACGGUAGUAGGGGGCGAAGGUGUGACCGUUGGCUUGGCCGGUGGGUAUACCUUGGGUGGGGGGCAUUCACCGUUGAGUAGUCUGUAUGGUAUGGCGGCGGACCAGGUAUUAGCACUACAAGUGGUUCUCGCUGAUGGCCGGUUCAUUACUGCCACCAGUAAACAGCACGCCGAUAUCUACUGGAUGCUGUGUGGCGGCGGCGGAAGCACGAUCGGCGUGGUGACCUCCAUCACUAUCAAAACAUACCCUCAAAUACCGACGACAACAGUCACCUUCAACUUCACGGCCAACGACACUCCCGGUCCGACUGCUUUCUGGGCAGGGGUCGAGUCAUAUCUGGACAACAUCGAGAGGCUGGUUGACGCCGGGACCUAUGCCUACUAUGACCUGGGCGCAUCAGUCGCGGAACGAGGCACGACUUACCCCGGCGACACCGACUACUAUCUGCGAAUCCAGUCUCUUGUUGCCCCAAAUAUGACCAUCGCUGAGACGCGAAGCCUGCUGCAGCCAUGGUUUGACAGGCUGGACCGCCUGGGAAUUCGCUACACUCCCCAAUACUACUAUGCGAAUAACUUCCACGAUGCCUGGAAAUUCGCCUUUCCCCAGGAGUACAUGGGCGCGGCCACCACGAAGAUCGCCUCGCGUCUCCUUCCCCGCCAGGCAUACCAUGACGACGCAGUCCGUCAGCGGAACUUCCUCGCGCACAAGGACGCUGUCGCAAAUGGCUUCUCAAUCGCAGGCUUCCACCUCACCGGCAAGGGCAGAGCCGUUGCCCCACCCACGAACAACGCCGUGUUGCCCGCAUGGCGCGAGACCCUCACGCACGCAAUCGUCAUCGGACAAUGGAACUCCACCGCCGACUGGAAGACUGUGGAACGCACCUCCAGCGCGCUCACGAAGUGGAUGCAGGCCCUGCGCGACCUGGGAAGCUCGGGAGCCUAUAUGAGCGAGGCAGAUCUUCUUGAACCCGACCUGACCGAUGCCUUCUACGGUGUCAAUUAUCCGCGGUUGCACGCGUUGAAGCAGAGGUAUGAUCCGACUGGGGUGUUUUUCGCACUUACGGCUGUUGGGGCGGAGGACUGGACGGUUCUGGUCGAGGAUCCUCUACCGGAGUCAUGGAAUAAUAAUGGCAGGCUGUGUCCCCGGGGGGUGAAAUAG